GCCAAAGUCAAUGGUGGUAGCUCUAUCAAGCUGUGUGUGACUGUGAAUUCGAAUUAGUCAACCCUAACCUCAAACCCCAACCAUGAUGUUUUGAGGUUAGAUCGUAGUUUCUUAUAUUAUCUUGAUUACAUCAAGUAAAUAUUGAACAUGUCUUCGAACUUUUUCAUUCGUAAGUCCAAGCAAAAUUCUAAACGAAAAUCUUUUGAUUCAAAAAAUUCUGUCUCCAAGAAAAACAAGGUAAACGCUCAAGAUAAAUCAAAUGGCAAGGAAAUAGAUAGUGAUGAAAUAUCAAGUGAUGAAGAGGACCUCAAACGUAAUUCUGAUGUAGAAUCCGAUGAAAACUUAGUUAGUGCGCAAGAAAAGAAGGUAUUAUUGGCAAAAAAGUACUUGGAAGAAAUCGAAAGAGAAGAAAAGGAGAGGUUAGAGACUGGAGAUGUUCGGAGGGGUGUUACCAAUAGAUUAAGGGAAGACCUCUUAGACCAAGCUGGGAAGUUAACGAAAAAAGUAGCUGAUAAGCUUUUGAAACCAGAAGAUAGUGACAUAUUUGUCUUACGUUGCAAAGAACACAAACUAUCAAUUACUUGUAUUGCCACUUCCUAUGAUAGCACACAUAUUUUCAGUGCUUCUAAAGAUGCAAACAUUGUCAAGUGGGAUUUGAGCGAGAGAAGAAAAGUUGGAGUAAUAUUGAGCAAACACUUGGAGAAAGAUGAAAAUCGUAAGCAGUUUUCUCAUAAUUCUUCAAUCCUUAGUUUAGCUGUGUCGUACAAUGGCAAAUAUCUUGCUUCAAGUGAUGAAAGUACCAUUAUAAGAAUUUGGGAUACAUGUACUUUGGUACAUAGACAUUCAUUCACAGGGCAUCGCAGCCGUGUUACUGGGUUAGCGUUUUGUUCAGAAACAAAUAACUUGUACAGCUGUUCUAAGGAUCGUUCUGUAAGAAUCUGGAAUUUGGAUGAGAUGUCUUUUGUGGAGACACUAUUUGGGCAUCAGUGUGGUGUCACUGAUAUAGAUGUAUUAUCAAAAGAUAGAGCUAUAACAUCUGGUGGAACCGAUAAUACAUUGAGAGUGUGGAAAGUCCAAGAAGAAUCUCAACUUAUUUUCAACGGCCACUUAAAAAGUAUUGAUAGAGUGAGAAGACUUGACCAACAACAUUUUCUAUCAUGUGGAGAAGAUGGUCAAGUGUGUCUAUGGGGAAUCCUAAAAAAGAAACCCCUUUGUAUCAUUCCUGAAGCACAUGGACUGGAUGAUUCAAAUAAUCAGCCAAAUUGGAUAUCAAGUAUAUCAUGCCUCCCGAAUUCUGAUUUGAUUGUUUCUGGGGCCAAUGAUGGUCAUCUUCGAUUUUGGAAGUGUGAAGAAAAUUUCAGAAGUGUUCUUUCACUUUUUUCUUUCCCUGUAAUAGGGUUCAUUAACAGCAUUACAUUUGCCGGUGGAGGAAAAUAUUUAGUCUUAGGUGUAGGUCAGGAACAUCGAUUGGGAAGAUGGUAUAAAGAAAGCACAGCUAAAAAUUCAGUUGUUGUUAUUCUUCUAAAGUCAAGAUAGGCUAAUAUUUGUCUUGUGAAACGGAGCAAAGCAUCUAAGGUGAUUAAAGGUGGAUUGAAGAGGACUGACAAAGCAAGAAAAGAAUUGUAUCUUACUUUCAUUUAUGUAGGUUUGUAAUUAAUUUUAUAUUUUCUACAGUAAAAAUGGUUGUAUAUAUACUUUUUUAAUGACCAAUAAAAGUACCACCAAUGUUA